GCACCUCCUCACAGCGCCGCCGCCUCGUCUCCCACACAGUGCCGCAGCCCCUCCUCGUCGCACCUCCUCGCAGCGCCGCCGCCCCGCCCCCCACACAGCUCCAGCCACCUCGUCCCGCUGGCGCCCCCAAAUCCCCCAGUGACGCCGCCGCCCCUGAACCACACCAUCACCGGUGCUGCCUCCAAAUCCCCCCAGCGACGCCGCCGCCCCCAAAUCCCCCAUUCCCAGCGCUGCCCCCAAAUCCCCCAUCGCAGAGCCUUGGAGGAGAAGGUGUGUUCGAGUAGGAGGUGCAAGGAGAUGGGUUUCUGGGGAAGGAGUUGCGACUAGGGAGGCAGGAUUGGGUGAUGCAGCUGUUCAAGGAAGACCCACGGGAUGACAAAAGGAAGUCUCACUGUGAAGGAGAGAAGGAUGGCUCGGCAGAAAAGAAGAAACAGAUCUUCAUGCUUCUGAAGUAUGCUCAUGCAGUAGUCAAUUGAUAACUAGGAAGCCAGAGUCACCAAAACCACGGUCAAGACUCUAUGAAGGGAACAUCACUCCCACGAAGAAAAAGUGCUGUAACUGCAGGAACUCUAGAUGUUUGAAGUUGUACUGUGAAUGCUUUGCGCACUCGUGGGAUUUCAAGGCCAAGUGGUGCAUUGGAUUCCCCAUCUCUCGGAGACUCCGAUCCCCUCCAUCUUCCCAAUUCGAGCCCUCCAGUUUCAGUAUGAACCCCCACCACCGUCGCUCGCCGGAGUACAAUGCCCUCCUCCUUGCCGGUCCGCGCCUCGGCCCUUUAAAGCAAGCCCAUGCGCGCCUCGUCGUCGCCGGCCACGGGAGCUCCCUGCCCCUCACCACAAAGCUGGCCACCCUCGCAGUCGCGGCCGGCGCCGCCUCCUAUGCCCACCUCCUCGCCGCCACCCACCCCGCACCGGACUCCUUCCUCUUCUGCACCCUCACGCGUUCCGCUGCGCACCGCGGUCUCCCCGCCGCCGCUCUCACCUUCUACCGCAGCCUCCUCACCGCUGCCCUGCCCUUCUCCAGCUUCGCCUUCACCGCAGUUGCCAAGGCAUGCGCCGAUCUGUCUACGCUCCGUGUCGGCAUGGCCGUCCACGCUCACGCCAUCCUCCUCGGGUUUGGCUCCGAUCGGUUCGUGCAGACGGCGCUUGUUGUGCUGUACUCCAAGUGCGGCCAACUGGCCGUUGCACGCAAGCUGUUCGAUGCAAUUCGUGACAGAAGCGUGGUCGCUUGGAACACUAUGAUUUCUGGGUAUGAGCAGAACGGUCUUGCUGAGCGGGCAAUUGAGGUGUACAAGGAGAUGCAGAUGGCUGGGGAGGCGCCUGAUUCUGCGACAUUUGUAGCCACGCUAUCUGCUUGUGCAAAGGGUUGUGCUCUGGACUUGGGACGUGAAGUGGAGAGACGCAUUGUUUCUGAAAGGAUGGACAUGAGUGUGUUUCUUGGUGCCGCCCUUGUGAACAUGUAUGUAAGGUGUGGGCUUGUGAACAAGGCUCGUGAGUGGUUUGACAAGCUUCAGGAACGAAAUGUGGUUACAUGGACUUCCAUGAUCGCAGGAUAUGGCAUGCACGGACAUGGCCAUGAGGCGAUCAAACUAUUCCAUCUCAUGAGGUGCGAAGGGCCACCACCCAACGAUGUCACUUUUGUUGCAGUCCUAUCUGCUUGUGCGCAUGCUGGGUUGGUUAGUGAGGGGCGUGAUGCCUUUGCUACAAUGAAGAGUGUCUAUGGAUUGGUCCCUCGUGCUGAGCACUAUUGUUCUAUGGUUGAUAUGUAUGGAAGGGCAGGACUUCUUGAUGAUGCCAUGCAAUUUAUACACGACUCUAUACCUGGAGAACCCGGACCUGAAGUUUGGACAGCUAUACUUGGUGCAUGUAAGAUGCACAAGAAUUUCAACCUUGGAGUGGAGGUGGCUCAGCGACUGAUUGCCCUUGAGCCUGAGAAUCCAUCUCAUCGUGUGCUGCUUUCUAACAUUUAUGCUUUAUCUGGUAAAAUGAACCAUGUUGAGAAGGUAAGGAAUACCAUGAUCAAGAGAAGAUUGAAGAAGCAAAUAGGUUACAGCUUGAUUGAGAUUGGGGGUAUUGCCCAUUUGUUUCGCAUGGGUGAGAAGUCUCAUCCGCAAACUCGAGAUAUUUACCAAUAUUUGGAGGAACUAAUCCAUAGGAUUACUGAUGCUGGCUAUGUGCCUGAAACUGACUCGGUGCUGCAUGAAUUGGAAAAAGAGGAAAGGGAGUUUGCACUAAGAUAUCACGGUGAAAAACUGGCUGUAGCCUUUGGACUCAUGAUGAGCGCUGGGAGCACAGCUCCAAUCAGGAUAAUAAAAAACCUGCGGAUAUGCGGGGAUUGCCAUCUAGCUAUCAAAUAUAUGUCAGUUGUGGAGAAUCGAGAGAUAAUUGUCAGAGAUAAGCAUCGGUUUCAUCAUUUCAAAGAUGGAAAGUGUUCUUGUCAGGAAUAUUGGUGACAAGGCCUCCUGUUGAUAAGCCAGGAUUUUUUUUAGAGUUUUAGGAGCAACAGCCCCUGUCUUAACUAUUGAAGCAAAGACAAUUAUAGUACGAUACAGCACUAAGUUUGAAACCAGCAAUUUGUGCGCACCACGCAGGGCAUUUGAAGAAAAUGCAAUUUGCUGUUUGAGGUUCUGAAGCUUUAGGGCACACUUAUAUCCAAUUCAACUCCGACUCAAACCUGAUUUGAUCCACUCCACGACCACCUGCCUGCGCCUUCGCUUCCACCGCCGUGCACUUGCCUUGGGGCUUCACCUGAUUGAAAGUUGACUAAAUUGUAUGUUAGAAACAUCUCAGGCUGCGAUAUUGAUGCACUGUCGGAGGCUAUUUAGGCUGCGAUAUUCAUGCACCAUUAAGAUUUGCUCUAUAGCUCGCACACCGUUUUGGAGCAUCUACAACACUCAUAGCAGCCAACCUUUGUAGCUUAGAAGUUAUUAGGUGAAGGAGCUUGGGUGUAAUGCAGCUUGAUCUCCACAAAGAUGGAUGGAUAGCCAAGCAUGGUUCAGGGUUAAUCAAAGGGGAAGAGUUGUAUGCUGGUCGCUGCAGAUGUUUACAGGCCUGCUGCCAUUGAUCAUCUUACUUACUGGGUAAACAGGUGGGUGUACCAGUUUACUCAGAAGGAACAGAGGAUAUCCAGCCUCUUGUAGAGUUAACCCUAGGAAAUGGCUGACGGUGAGGAUAUCCAGGCUCUUGUUUGUGACAAUGGAACUGGAAUGGUUAAGGCUGUGUUUGCCGGUGAUGAUGCACCAAGGGCUGUUUUCCCUAGCAUUUGCUCACCUGUUAUUCGAAUAACUAAUAUAGAUAUGUCUUUUGUACAACAAAGCUAAUAUGGCUGUGUAGCUAGACUAUAGAUAUAUAAACUGUUAGCGGUUAUCAGAUAUAUGGACUGUUAGUUGUUAUCUUAAUUCUUAGCUUGUACGGAUAUGUACUAAUAUGUCUGGAAUUAUAUUGGGACCUUGUUAUGAAUGUAUGUUCUCAUUGUAUACUAAUUAAAUUGCAGUUAAAUGAUC